AUGGCCCUCAAUGCAGUGGAACAUCUUGGCCUUUUUAAGCUAAGGUCUUUCCCAGGUCUUGCAAGUUUAUUUCAGCUUGUGAAAGCCAAGGAAAUUUUAAAAAACUAUCAUUUGGAAACAAAGAAACGUGAUGAAUAUAUACAAGGCACAGCUUCAGUGGGCAUGUCUAUUUUUAACCUAGCCAACUCUAUUUUGGGCAGUGGAAUUUUAGGACUUUCCUUUGCUCUAGCAAACACAGGAAUAAUGCUGUUUUUGUUCCUUUUUGUUUCAGUAACACUCCUGACUGGUUAUUCAAUCCAUCUUAUGUUGGUAUGUUCAGAAGCAACAGGAUGUCUGAAUUAUGAAAAGAUAGGUAAAAAAAUCUAUGGCAACAAAGGGAAGUAUACUGUAUUUGGAACUACCUUUCUCCAGACUCUGGGAGGCAUACUGAGUUACCUUUUUAUAAUAAAGGAUGAACUUCCCUGUGUCAUUAAAGUUCUUAUAGGAAAGAGUGAAGACUAUUCAACAUGGCUUUUGGAUGGUCGAGUACUUAUUAUAUUAAUUACCAUUAUUAUUGUUUUUCCUCUCUGUCUCAUGAAGACCUUAGGGAUCCUUGGAUAUACCAGCGGACUUUCCUUGUCUUGCAUGCUUUUCUUUCUUGUAGUGAUCAUCUAUGAGAAAUUUGAACUUAGUUGCCCUAUUCUAGAAGCAGAUAAAACAGAACCUUCUAAUCGAACAAUUCAGGAAAUGUGUACACCAAAAUACUUUGUAUUCAACUUUAAGACUGUUUAUGGUUUACCCACUAUUGCAUUUGCAUAUGUCUGUCAUCAAGCAGUCCUGCCAGUUUACAGUGAUCUUAAAGAUCGUUCACUGAAAAGAAUGAAGAUUGUUACUUAUACCUCCAUUUUAUUCAUAUGUAUUAUGUAUCUCAUAACUGCAUUUUUUGGCUACCUGACAUUCUAUGGUGAGGUACAGUCAAGUCUACUUCAUAAAUACCCGGAUAACAUUGUUAUCAUCCUACUAGUACGAUUAGCAGUCAUGCUGGCAGUCACCCUAACAAUUCCAGUAUUGUUUCUCACAGCUCGUGAAUCUCUGGCUGAGAUACUUAAGAAACCAAAGUUCAGUUUCGGUGAACGUAUUGUGAUUGCUGUGAUAAUCUUAGGUUUAACUGACCUUUUGGUAAUCUUUGUACCCACCAUGAAAGACAUUUUUGGAGUUCUGGGAACAACAACUGCCAACAUGUUGAUCUUCAUUCUUCCUACAACUCUGUUUUUAAAAGUCACAAGCCAGGAUAGUGACAAAAAAAUUGAAAGAUUCUGGGCUGUUCUUUUGUUCGGAUUAGGAAUCAUAUUCUCCACCAUCAGCAUUCCUUUGGUCAUCUACGAUUGGGCAACUUCUUCAAAUAAACCUGAAACGCACUGAGAGCACUAUAGAUUUGGAAAAAAUAUAUUCUUGUUUGCUGCUUAUCCAACUUACCUUCAAUCAAAUCUUC